AUUUACUUGUUUACAGUUGAAUUUGGUUUAUGUCGCCAGGAUAAUGAAAUUCGAGCAUAUGGUGCAGGACUAUUGUCCUCGUUUGGUGAAUUAGAGUAUGCAUUAUCUGAUAAACCUGAAAAGAGACCGUUCGAUCCGUCUAAAACGUCGUUACAGAAAUAUUAUUUAACUGAAUAUCAGCCGGUCUAUUUUAUUGCCGAUUCUUUUAAGGAUGCACAGCAAAAAGUUCGUGAUUUUUCAAAAUCAUUAGACCGACCAUUUUCUGUAAGAUAUAAUCCUUACACAGAAUCAAUUGAAGUGCUGGAUACUCAGGAGAAAGUUUUAAGAUAUGCACAAAGCAUUAAAAAUGAUAUGGUAGCAAUGGUUGAUACUUUAGGAAGGUUAUAA